CUAAUUGUCAUCAGUUUCUUUCAUGGGAAAUGUCCUACGAAGAACUGCCAAACUACAAGUCCAUACACCGACUAGUACCGAUAUUGUAGCAGUUAAAGUACGACAUAUUUUAUUACCAAACGAGAAAUUGUUACAACAGUGUGAAGAACAAAUCCAAAAAGGCAAGUCUUUUGCUGCAGUAGCACGGGAAUUUUCUGCUUGUCCUUCUUCUUCGAGAGGUAAUAGUGACCUGCACACAACUCUCUUUGGAUAUCUCAAGGUGAGUUUAGGAGGAGACUUGGGUUGGGUUCCAAGAGGAAGUCUUCAAAAAGACUUUGAAGCUGCCUGUCUGUCUGCCAAAGAAAACCAGCUACAAUCUGUAAAGACAACGUUUGGUUUUCAUCUAUUUCUAGUCGAAGCGAAAAAGACGAAGCUUUCUUUUGAACAACCAACCCAACCGUCUACCCAAGUCUCCGAAGCGCUUCGUCUAUUGAGCGGUAGCAUCGUUACUCGAACAGUGCCUGAAGCACAUCCUUCCUGGGCACUAAAGUCAAAGAAAGAAAUAAAGACAGGGCCCAAGGAUAGGGAUAGUGAAAAGGCAGUUUCUGGUGCACCGGGCUUUCUAACGGAAAAGGAAUUGGACCAACUCUUCGUGCGAUGGAAAAACGAUCCCAAACACUGGAAUCCUGCUCAUUUGGCUCAAGAGUACAGUUUGGAUAUCCAUCAAGUUCACCAAUUAUUAUGUUAUACUGGAGUAUGGAGUCCACAGAAAGACCGCGACGGCAAAGUUCGUGGUUAUUUAUGCUCUCAGUUUCUCAGUCCUUCCAGUUUUGAGAAAACAUACAAGGAAGGGAAACAUAGAGAGGAUACUAACGUAUCUAGGAAACGUGAUAUAUCUCAAUUUUCCAAUAUGGCCUAAAAUAUUCUCGUUGCAUUUUGUACAAUAAAAGACGAUGGAUAGAAGAACUGACUGACCAAGAAGCCCAACAAUAGGAUGCCGAUCAGAAAGCCAUUACGUGGAAGCCAAUGAUUUG